CGCGCCCGGAGCCGCCGCCGCGCGUCCGCGGCCUUUUCUUCCUCCUCGUGGCGGCGCGUGCGGCCUGGGGCGCCGGCUCCGAGAGGUUAAGAACAAAAAGAUGCACCUGGAGUUUGCCUGGACCCCUCUGCGCGUCUAAGCUCGGGUGGGAUCUGGGGUCCUUCGCUGGAAGCCGCUCUUGCUGAAUGCAAAUAGAAACCAGGCCAGCUCUCCUCAGUGGACAGUUGGUUACCUACCAGAGGUGUCUCCUACUGAAGGUAUCCUUGGCGAUACUCUAAGCCAUAAAAAGACAACUUGCACCCAAGUUUGUCUGACAUCUACCCUGUCAAGUGUCCAUGAUGCUGGGUCCCGAGGGAGGUGAAGGCUUUGUGGUCAAGCUCCGUGGCCUGCCCUGGUCCUGCUCUAUUGAGGACGUGCAGAACUUCCUGUCCGACUGCACGAUUCAUGAUGGGGCCGCAGGCGUUCAUUUUAUCUACACUAGAGAAGGCAGGCAGAGUGGUGAGGCAUUUGUCGAACUUGAAUCAGAAGAUGAUGUCAAAAUGGCCCUGAAAAAAGACAGGGAAAGCAUGGGGCACCGGUACAUUGAGGUGUUCAAGUCUCACAGAACCGAGAUGGAUUGGGUGUUGAAGCACAGCGGUCCAAACAGCGCUGACACCGCUAAUGAUGGCUUCGUGCGGCUUCGAGGACUCCCGUUUGGAUGCACAAAGGAAGAAAUUGUUCAGUUUUUCUCAGGGUUGGAAAUCGUGCCAAACGGGAUCACUUUGCCUGUGGACCCCGAGGGCAAGAUUACAGGGGAGGCCUUCGUGCAGUUUGCCUCUCAGGAGCUAGCAGAGAAGGCGCUAGGGAAGCACAAGGAGAGAAUAGGGCACAGAUAUAUUGAGGUCUUUAAGAGCAGUCAGGAAGAAGUGAGGUCAUACUCAGAUCCUCCUCUGAAGUUCAUGUCUGUUCAGCGACCCGGGCCCUAUGACAGGCCUGGCACAGCCCGGAGGUAUAUUGGCAUUGUGAAGCAGGCAGGCUUGGAGAGAAUGCGGCCUGGCGCCUACAGCGCUGGCUAUGGGGGCUAUGAGGAGUACAGUGGCCUCAGCGAUGGCUACGGCUUCACCACGGAUCUGUUCGGAAGAGACCUCAGCUACUGCCUCUCAGGAAUGUACGACCACAGAUACGGAGACAGCGAGUUCGCAGUGCAGAGCACCACCGGCCACUGCGUCCACAUGAGAGGGCUGCCAUACAAAGCGACCGAGAACGACAUCUACAACUUCUUCUCUCCACUUAACCCGGUGAGAGUCCAUAUUGAGAUUGGCCCAGAUGGAAGAGUGACGGGCGAAGCUGAUGUGGAGUUUGCCACCCAUGAAGAAGCUGUGGCAGCGAUGUCGAAAGAUAGGGCCAAUAUGCAGCACAGAUACAUAGAACUCUUCUUGAAUUCCACAACGGGGGCCAGCAACGGGGCCUACAGCAGCCAGGUGAUGCAGGGCAUGGGGGUGUCCGCAGCUCAGGCCACCUACAGUGGCCUGGAGAGCCAGUCAGUGAGCGGUUGUUAUGGCGCUGGCUAUAGUGGUCAGAACAGCAUGGGUGGAUAUGAUUAGUUUUGUAGAAGCAUUUGAGUUAAUUUCAAUCAAAUUUUCAGAGGCAGCCAGCAAGCAGUGAAAAAGCAGUUAUUACCCUAGAGGAAGCUGUGGGACCCAUUUUGCACCAUGAGUUUGUGAAAUCUGGAUUAAAAAAUUACCUCUUCAGUGUUUUCUCAUGCAAACUUUUCUUCUAGCAUGUGAUAUUGAGUAAACUAAAACUAUUUUCCGCUUUUCUCGAUUAACAUUUUAGUAGUAUCCUUCCGAGUGAUGUUAUCUGAGUUAAAGUAGUUUAAGUAUGUUAAAUUGUGGAUCUUUUACACCACACCACAGUGAACACCUUGGGGAGAUGUACUUUUUUGGAAAACUCAAAGGUGCUAGAUCCCUAAUUCAAAGAGAAACAUUUCUCAUGUUUGUUCAUUCUAGUUUCUAUUUUCAUUUAAAUCUUUUAGGUUAAGUUUAAGCUUUUUAAAAGUUAGUUUUGAGAAUUGAGACACAAUACUAAUACUGUAGGAAUUGGUGAGGCCUUGACUUAAAACUUUCUUUGUACUGUGAUUUCCUUUGGGGUGUAUUUUGCUAAGUGAAACUUGUUAAAUUUUUUGUUAACUAAAUUUUUUUCUUAAAAUAAAGACUUUUUCACAAUGACUGGCACAGAUUAUCUGCUAAGCAAAAGGUGGCAAAACUGGGUGGUUGAAAGGAAUUCAUUUUAAUCGUAAUGUAUUUUGGUGUGAAUUUAAAUUUAGUAAAUCUAUGAUCUCCCUUAUAUUCUUACAAUGAGGCUAAAAUAAAAGUCUAAUAAAAGAUUAAACAUG